AAAACACCCCAGGAAGCUGGUGAUGGGGAAAUUCCAAAAUUUGAUGGAGCAGGUUACGACAAAGACCUGGUUGAAGCUCUUGAAAGAGACAUCGUAUCAAGAAAUCCAAGCAUUCAUUGGGAUGACAUAGCGGAUUUGGAAGAAGCCAAGAAAUUAUUAAGAGAAGCUGUCGUUCUUCCAAUGUGGAUGCCUGAUUUUUUCAGAGGGAUCAGAAGACCUUGGAAGGGUGUGCUGAUGGUUGGUCCCCCUGGCACUGGCAAAACCAUGCUAGCGAAGGCUGUCGCUACCGAAUGCGGAACAACGUUCUUCAAUGUGUCCUCCUCUACCCUGACAUCUAAAUACAGGGGCGAGUCUGAGAAGCUGGUCCGCCUCUUGUUUGAAAUGGCGAGGUUUUACGCUCCGACAACGAUCUUCAUCGACGAGAUCGAUUCCAUGUGCAGCCGCAGAGGCACGUCCGACGAGCACGAGGCGAGUCGCAGAGUCAAGUCAGAGCUGCUGGUGCAAAUGGAUGGGGUAGGUGGUGCUUUGGAAAAUGAUGACCCUUCCAAGAUGGUUAUGGUAUUAGCUGCUACAAAUUUUCCCUGGGAUAUCGAUGAAGCUCUCCGACGGAGACUGGAGAAGAGGAUUUAUAUUCCUUUGCCCACAGCAAAAGGCAGAGCAGAACUACUGAAGAUUAAUCUUCGGGAAGUAGAACUAGACCCUGAUAUCAGCCUUGAAGAAAUUGCUGAGAAGAUUGAAGGCUAUUCUGGUGCUGACAUCACUAAUGUUUGCAGGGAUGCCUCUUUAAUGGCAAUGAGACGACGUAUUAACGGCCUAACUCCAGAAGAGAUUCGUGCACUUUCUAAAGAGGAGCUUCAGAUGCCCGUUACCAAGGGGGACUUUGAGCUGGCUCUGAAGAAAAUCUCCAAAUCUGUUUCUGCUGCAGACCUGGAGAAGUAUGAAAAAUGGAUGGCGGAGUUUGGAUCUGCUUAAUCUCAGUGACAGCGCCUUCGCUAGAGUUUUAUGGCUUUUGUUGUUUUCACUUGCAAAAUGAGUUGGAGAUCUUUUUAAAGGUUUAAUAAGAGGUCUGCCUCUGCUCCCAUCUCACCCCCUUCUGGUGACAAGAUCUUUUAAACUCCAUUUACCUUUAAAGGGAAUGAACACAAUAAAGAGCUGAUACUGUAAAA